AUGCCGCAUGGGGAGGGUGCUCACGCCGCCGCACGGGGCGGAGCUCUGGGCCUCGGAGCGGGAAGUGGGCCGGGAAAGGGCGGGGCUCGGCGGUUGGGGGCGGGGCUAUCCCUGUCAGGAGGCGGCGCUUCCCUCCUGGAGGAGAAACUGCAGCCGGUGGGAGGUGGAGCCUCGAAUUUGGAGCUUGAGGGGGGCGGAGGCCAGGCCUUGGGGGCGGGGCUUCAGCUUGUGAGUGGCGGAUCUGCUCCUGGGGGAGGCGGGGCUCGGCGAUUGGGGGCGGGGCUAUCGCUGCUAGGGGGCGGGUCCUCUCUUCUGGAGGGGGAGGAGCUGCAGCCGGCGGGAGGUGGAACCUCAGAUUGGGAGCUUGAGGGGGGCGGAGCCCAGGCUUCAGGGGCGGGGCCUCAGCCGGUGAGUGGCGGGUGUGGUCCUGCGGAGGGUGGGGCUAUAGGGCCGGGGACAGCCCUGGGCGCCCUAAAGGGCGGAGCCAAGGAGACGGGCGAAGGGCUGGGCGUGGGUAAUGGCCGGGGGCGUCCACGCGGAGGCGGUCUCCGUGGUGGUCGCGCUUGGGGUCGCGGUCGGCCGAGCACUCCGCCAGGAGAGGUGGUAUGGGUGGAGCGGGCACGGCGGCCGGCAGACUCGGGGCCGGUCUGGGUGCCCCGGAGACCCCCAAGGGCUCAGAGCUGGGGCGGCGCCCCAGGUGGAGGAGCAGGGUCAGCCUGGGGGAUACCGCAGGAGGACCGCCGCUCCCCGGAGCCACCCAGCGGCGACGUGUGGGUGCCUCGGAGCCGACCCCCUGCAGCAGCCGCUGAGGUGUGGGUGUGUUGGGCCAGGGGCAGCUGGGUGUGGCGGGAGUGGGGCCGUCCUGCCCGGGAAGCUGCUGUGCAGCCAGAUCGGGUGUGGACCUUGCGGAAAGGGACUGGUGGGAACUGACAGGAGGUGGGGCCCGGGAGAGAGGGAAGAUCUAGGGGUGACCCCAGGGGCGGGGCUCUGGCUGCUGUGGCCCCCCCUGACCC